CGCACUGCGAGUCGGGAAGGCGGCGGGCGGGUUCCGUCCUCAGCAGCGGAAGGCGCGCCAUGGUGGGUGGCGAUGCGGCAGCAGCCGUGGAGGAGCUGGUCUCUGGAGUGAGGCAGGCCACCGACUUCGCGGAGCAGUUCCGCGCCUACUCGGAGAGCGAGAAGCAGUGGAAGGCCCGCAUGGAGUUCAUCCUGCGCCACCUGCCCGACUACCGCGACCCGCCCGACGGCGGCGGCCGCCUGGACCAGCUGCUGUCUCUUUCCAUGGUCUGGGCCAAUCACCUCUUCCUGGGCUGCAGUUACAACAAAGACCUUUUAGACAAGGUGAUGGAAAUGGCUGACGGGAUUGAAGUAGAAGACCUGCCACAGUUUACUUCCAGAAGUGAAUUAAUGAAAAAGCAUCAAAGCUGAGGCAGAAGAUUCAUCACAUUUUCCUCAUCAGAUACAGGCUUAGAAAAGAGGCUUAGGUGAAUGUGACAUUGACCACAGCAGCUCUCUUAAGACUCCUGGUAUUACCAACACGUGGGAAAGAGGCAGUUAGAAUGAAAGGGAGUCUUGUGAACACUGGCAUUUUUAAAAGUCUCAUUCUUACAGUAGCUAUCUAAAUUAAUGGAUAUUUAUAUCUUUAUAAAUCAUGCUUUUUAUUUGUUUUUGAAUGUCAAACUUUUUGUUUAAAAUACCUGUUUUUUUUAUGUUGAUGUAAAUGGCAGGUAAUGAAUCUUACAAUCUGGAUUUUAUAACAAUG